AUGGAAGACAUAGAACAUGUGAGAAUUUAUCUCCUGGAACAAUAUGCGGAUUAUUCCAAAGAUAUUCCAGAAAUCUCGGUGGAGGAACAAACAGGGAACCAAGAUGAAAAGGACUCUACUCACAAAGGCAGGAAUGUACUCAUUAAGGAUAGGGAUCCCAAAGGAAUUAAUUGCUUCCUUAAGGCUGGGCCUGUAGCACUGUUGCCUGGCCUGCUGUUCUUCAUCCUCAGUUUCCUGCACAUCUGGCUCAUAAUCCCCACUGUGCAACUUCUGCUAAUGAACAUGCACCGGGUAAACGUGGUGUGGGCCAGUGUGCUGGAUCUUACCAUCUCUCCCUUCUUCUUCAGUCUGGGAAGAUGCUUUGAGUCCAUCAGUAUUCACUGUACAAAAGACUAG